CGCAAUAGGACCAUUUGGCACUCCUUUUCCAAAACUCUCUUUCGGAAUCACCCCAUUCUGCGGUUGUGGUUCCAUGUUGGUUGUACGAUAGCCCGUUACCUUGACUGCCCUCGCAAAUUUCUUUUAUAUUCCUCUUCUUCCCAUCAUGUCUCUCUCAAUUCGACCGUGUCUGCGGGCUUCUAGCUUGUUCAAAAUACGACCUAGAGCUCUACCAAUUCGGCAACAUCUGCAAAGAAGAACGCUCAUAGAACCCACGAAUCCAGGGAAACCACCGGGGAAAUCAGAAGGCCCCUCAGUUGUUCCAUUUGCGAAGACGCGGCUUUGCGUGGGCGUUGUGUUUAUUGGAGCUAUAAUCUACUCCAUGGUAGCUUUCCCCUAUUUACUCUAAUUGCCCGGGGACAACCGGACUGAUUUCCUUAGGCCACCGAAGAACCUGCAAAGCUCGAUGGCCCUUCAAUUGCUGAGAGAGACAGCUUACAGAAGCGGGAAAGUGGCGUGACGGAGAACUCACCAAUGCGAUUGCGAAUGGAGGAUUUCAUAAAGGCUCAACAGAAGGAAAUCGUUCGGGAACUGGAAGCUGUGGAUGGCCAGAAGUUCAGAGUCGAUACAUGGACAAGAGAGAAGGGGGGUGGUGGCAUCUCCUGUGUUUUGCAGGACGGGAAUGUGUUUGAGAAAGCUGGUGUGAAUAUCAGCAUUGUCUACGGAACCCUUCCCCGUCCUGCUAUUGAGAAGAUGAGAGUCAAUCACAAGGCUAUGGAUGCGAGCGUGGAAUCGCUGGACUUUUUCGCUGCCGGUCUUAGCAUGGUUCUUCACCCAAUAAACCCUAUGGCACCUACAGUUCACCUCAAUUACCGGUACUUCGAAACCGCAAACCCGGAUGGAACGUCGAAUGCUUGGUGGUUUGGAGGUGGAACUGAUCUCACACCAAGUUACCUAUUCGACGAGGAUGCGAUCCAUUUCCAUAAGACCAUCAAAGACGCUUGCGACAAGCACGACAAAUCAUACUACCCAAGAUUCAAGGAAUGGUGUGACAAAUAUUUCUUCAACAAGCAUAGAAGCGAAUCUCGAGGAAUUGGUGGAAUCUUCUUCGAUGAUCUAGACGGGACGGAAAAGGACCAAGAAAACACAUUUGCGUUUGCCCAGAGUUGUUUGAAGGCUUUCCUACCAUCGUACCUCCCAAUUAUCAACAAACGGAAGGACAUGCCAUAUACUGAGAAGGAGAAGGAGUGGCAACAGAUUCGAAGAGGGAGAUAUGUUGAGUUCAACCUGGUUCAUGAUAGAGGGACUGCAUUUGGUUUGAAUACACCUAGUGCGAGGGUGGAGAGCAUUCUGAUGAGUUUGCCUCUUACUGCUAGCUGGAGAUAUAUGUACGAGCCAGAGAAGGGAUCAAGAGAGCAGAGACUGGUGGAUAUACUGAGAGAACCAAAAGAAUGGGUAUAG